AUGGAUCCAGCCCAAGUAGAAAAGGAGCUGGCAGCCUUUGCGGCGUUUCAAGACCGAAACUCACGCUGCAACUCCGAUAAUGGUCUGGAAGCAGCUGUGAAGAUGAAGGUGGAGGGAAGCGAUGUUUUCAUUUCCACCACUGCCAAGGCAGGCACAACAUGGAUGCAGCAGAUCUGCCAUCAGCUUAGGAGCGGCGGUGAUAUGGAUUUCGAGGAGAUUUGUGACGUAGUACCGUUUCUGGAGACUGCUAUGGACACAGGAAUUAGUCUGGAUGGCGAGCAGAGAUUCCAGCCCCGUGUGUUCAAAACGCACUUUUGGGAACCCCUCACGCCGAAGGGCGCACGCUACAUCGUCGUCGUUCGCCAUCCGUACGAUGUUGCCGUUUCCUACUUCAAAUUCCUGGAAGGCUGGAUAUUCGAGGCUGGAGAAAUCUCUCUGGAGACAUUCUCAAACGAGCUGUUCCUGAAGAGAGGAGCACCUGAAGGAAUAGGAAAUGCCGGAUCUUUUCAUCACAUGGCAUCGUGGUGGCCUCGCCAUGCCGAUCCCGAUGUUCUGUGGGUGUUCUUUGAGGACAUGAAAGAAGACUUGCAGGCGCAAGUGGAGCGCGUGGCUGCCUUCAUGGACAUCACCGACCCAGCCGUCAUUGCGCAGGCCGUUCACAAGUCAACGUUUGCGUUCAUGAAAGAGCACCAGGGGCGCUACGAUUCGAAUCGCUUGAAGCGCUUGCGCAAUCUGGAGAUGGGACUGAAACCAGAAGCCGGUGCUGGUCAGGGCAAAGUGCGUGUUGGUGGGGGGCAAGAGCAUUUGCUGAGCGACCGCACCAAAGCAGCUAUUGACGAAAAGUGGCGAGACAUCUGCCAGCCAGUCAUGGGCGCUGCUUCUUAUACGGAGUGGAGAGCUGCAUGGAAAUCAGAACAAGGUUCAAAAUAA